CACGGUGCUGGCGGCGCCCGGGCCCUGUCGGAGCGGUGGCAGUGCCGUGUCAUCCCCGCCGUGCUCCUUCCCGCGAGCCUCUCAGCGCUGCUGCCGGGGUUCCUUCGCGAGGCGUUGUGUUUGUGCAGCCUCCUUCAGGGUUUGUGCAGAUCAGCACCAUGGUGCGGAUGAACGUGCUGGCCGAUGCUCUCAAAAGCAUCAACAACGCAGAGAAGCGCGGCAAGCGCCAGGUGCUCAUCCGGCCGUGCUCCAAGGUGAUCGUCCGCUUCCUCACCGUGAUGAUGAAGCACGGUUACAUCGGUGAAUUCGAGAUAAUUGAUGACCACAGAGCUGGGAAGAUUGUUGUCAACCUCACAGGCAGACUCAACAAGUGUGGUGUAAUCAGUCCCAGAUUUGAUGUGCAGCUGAAGGAUUUGGAAAAGUGGCAGAACAACCUGCUGCCUUCCCGUCAGUUUGGGUAUAUUGUACUGACAACCUCAGCUGGCAUCAUGGACCAUGAGGAGGCGAGACGAAAACACACAGGAGGCAAAAUCCUGGGAUUCUUUUUCUAAAACUUGUAAAAAAAGAGGAUACUAAUAAAUUGUUCAAAUGGA